UCUUCUCUAAUUGGUCCAUUUACAAUAAUCCGCCAUAUUCAAACUUCCGCCGUGUUGCCUGUGCUCAGUUUUAGCAGUCUGUUGUCUUUGUUACAUUUACAAUUCAUCUCCGAGCCAUUUCCGUCAUUCCGUUCACUUCAAGGUUUUGUUUUCGAACCUAAGAAAGUUUUCUGCGAGAUGGAAGAGGGGGAAGAAGUGAAAGCGCCGUUGGGGAAAAAGACGAAGCUUCGUCGGACGUCAUCGAGAUUGUCCACCGCCAGUGUCUGCAGCCUUGCUGAACCUUCGCCGAGAAUGCUCCGCAGAAAUAACUCCAACAAAGCUCCACUGCAGAGAGGAAGCUCCUUCACCUUUCUGACUCCAGGGACACCUUGGGACUUCAGUCUGAAGCGGAAACGCAAGGAAAAGGAAGACGACACGGUCAGCCUGUCCGGUUUUGACCUGAAGGAGCCGACAAACAAGAGAGGACGGCCGCUGGCCAGAGUGUCGUCUCUGGUCAACUUCAUGUCUCCUUCCAAGAACGGAGCCGUGCGGCGCUUCGGCCAGAGCCUCCAGUCCAUGUCGCUGCGAGGGGACGUCAAGUCGCCGGCGCUCCGCGGCAAGGUGGCGGCGGCGGCGGCUGUGGCUCCCACGCCCAGCAAGCGCAGGAACAGCACGCUGUGGUCGGAGACGCUGGACGUUCACCAGAAAAGCUCCUUCUCCCCUAAGGAGAUCAAGAGGCAGGAGGCCAUUUACGAGCUCUUCCGGGGCGAGCGGGAUCUCAUCGAGGAUCUCCAGCUCGCACGAAAGGCGUACCACGACCCCAUGCUCAAGCUGGCCAUCAUGACGGAGGAGGAGCUGGAGCACAUCUUCGGCGAUCUGGAUGCCUACAUCCCGCUGCACCAGGAUCUGUUGGCGAAGCUAACCCACGGAACCUGCCCCGACGGGACGGUGGCCCAGAUUGGACAAAUGGUGAUCGACUGGCUUCCGGGCCUGAACGCCUACAGAAACUACUGCAGCAACCAGCUGGCAGCCAAGGCGCUCCUGGACCAGAAAAAGCAGGACCGGCGAGUGCAGGACUUCCUGCAGCGUUGCCUGGAGUCGCCCUUCAGCCGCAAGCUGGACCUGUGGAGCUUCCUGGACAUCCCGCGCUCGCGCCUGGUCAAGUACCCACUGCUGCUGCGCGAGAUCAUGAGGCACACCCCCGCCGAGCACCCGGACGUCGCCAACCUGGAGAGGGCGGUGUGCAUCAUCCAGGACAUUCUGUCCGACAUCAACGUGAGGAAAGGCGAGUCGGAGUGCCAGUACUACGUGGACAAGCUGGAGUAUCUGGAGCCCAAGCAGCGGGACCCUUUGAUCGACACCUGCCGCAGUCUCUUGUGCCACGGCGAGCUGAGGAACAAGAGCGGAUUGAGGCUGCACGUGUUCCUGUUCUCCGAGCUGCUGGUCCUGACCCGGCCGGUCACGCGCAACGAGCGCAGCCUCUUCCAGGUGUACAGGCAGCCCAUCCCCGUGCGAGACCUGGCGCUGGAAGACCUGCAGGACGGCGAGGUCCGCAUGGGGGGCUCCUUCAGGGGGGCCUUUGCCAGCGCCGACAAAGCAAAGAACGUUUUCCGCGUGAGCUCUUCGGACCCGUCCCACGGCCAGUCGCACACCCUGCAGGUCAACGACGUCUACCACAAGCAGCAGUGGCUCAACUGCCUGCGCGACGCCAUGGCAGAGCGCCACGGCACGGCACAGCGCCACGCAGCGGCACGGCGCGACGACGGCGCCCCGGCCGCCCCCGGCGGCGCGCGGGCCAAGCGACGCUCGUCGGUCGUCUGCGACGAGAACUGUCCGGUGGCGGGGCCUCAGCUCAGGCCGCAAAGGUCGCGGCGCUCCAUCAACAGGAAGGAGACGGGAGUGUAGAGGUGAACGGCUUCACCGCUUAUCCCGUCCGUCCGUGUUUUGUUUCAAAUCCUUGUAGCAGACACAAAAAAAAAGAAAAAAAAAAUCCGUCCAUGUUUGUCAUGUGCUGUAUGUUGACUCGGUUUUUUUCUUUGGUGGCGUGCCCCGGCGGCACACAGUGGCACAAUUUGUUUGAAAGACUUUUUUCCUGUUAAAUGGGUGGGUGCCGUAAAAAGCAACCAUUUUCCCACCAAAGAAGUGAAAUUGGAUCAUUGAAUUUGGCCUUUCCUAUGUGUGUCAGUCCCGCUUAACAUUUCUUGUUUACGUCGUUGCAACUGACCCAACAGUUUUUAUUUGACCAGCGAGCCUUGAAAUGGAACGGUGUCAGAGGGAAAAUAAACACCUGCCGGCCGCCGCUUUGUCUUUGA